AUACCCUCUGAAAACCAAAUGACAUCUAUCAGUUCUGCAGAAGCUGAUUCUUCUGCUGAUGGCGGUUCUUUGAUUUACAGUCCUGUCUCCUUUACUAAGACAUGUUUAUCAUCAGUGGAUCCAGAAGCUGAUGUGAUCUACAGUGCUGUGGCACAAAAUAGCAAAACUACAUGAUUCACACUCUGAUUCUCACUGGCGUUUUUCUUCACAUUGGAGAUGAAGCUUGGGUUAAUAAUCUGAAUAUAGGAGUGAAAUCUGGAUCACCAGGCAUUAUUCCAUGUCAAUAUGAAGAACAAUAUAAAGAAAACCACAAGUAUUGGUGUUGGGGGUCAGUUUGGAGCGCUUGCUCUAUAUUGGCAAAUGGAAAUGAAACAAGAAAUAAAUUCUCCAUCACUGAUUAUUCAGCUCAGAGUAUCUUUACAGUGGAAUGGCAGAAUCUGCAGCCGUCAGACUCUGGAUAUUACUGGUGCGCUGUGGAGCCCAGUGGUUCUGGGAUAGAUGCUGGUUAUUAUUUGUAUCUGUCGGUACAAUCAGCUCCUGAUGUGUCUGUGAUGAACAGCAGAGUAUCUAGACAUGAAGGUGGUAAUGUCAGUGUUCAGUGUUUCUACAGUUCAAUAUAUAAGGCUAAAAACAAACGCUGGUGCAGAUAUAAAGAUGAGAGCUGUUUCACAAAGGAGGAUACUGACACAUCCCAGAGUUCAUCAGUGCAGAUCAGUGAUGAUGGUGAAAGCUCCUUCACUGUGCUGAUGACUGGACUGAGACUCUCUGAUUCUGGAUGGUAUUUCUGCUCUGUUGGAGAUCUGCAGGUUCCUGUUCAGCUCACUGUCAGUAAACCUGAACCCAAAGACCUGUACACAACACAGUCGUCUGCCAAACCAAUUCCUACAACCAUUUUUUCUACCGUUUCAAGACCUGAGGCAAACAUACUGAACAAGGAGCAUUUCUGUCUGUCAGAGAACUAGAUGUGUUUCUCCAUCUCACACUGAAGAACCAGAUAAUUAGAAAAGUGUUGAUUAAUAUUAUUCUGUAUUUGCUUUAUGCUUAUUCGUCAAAGGAACAAAAUGUAAAAAGUUUAAAAUGCUCAAGUCCACUAAAUUAAUGUUUGUUGAUUUGUGUAAUUUCAUUAUCCUAAAGGUUUUAAUUAUGUCAGUGAUGUCAAAUCCACUUUUCUCUGAUGUAAAUCAAUUGUUUCCAUCAAGGAGCAGCUAAUAACAUAUAAGCCAGGCAUUUACAUAUACAUAUAGCCCCCCUGUUUAUUUUUUUCCUGACUCUUCUGUUUAACGGAGAGCAGAUUUUUUCAACACAUUUCUACACAUAAUUGUUAUAAUAACUCAUUUCUAAUAACAAUAAAUAAUAUUUGACAUUUUUCAAGACACUUCUUUACAGCUUAAAGUGACAUUUAAAGUGGUGGGCCGUUAUCGGCGUUAACGUGCUGCAUUAACGCAAGAGUCUUAUUGCGCGAUAAAAAAAUAUUGCCGUUAAUCUAUUCUCAAAGUUGGGUUGGGAGCUGGGUCUAUUCUACGCAAGCUAUGAUGACUUUCACCUUGAUAUUUUAGCGUGGAUGUAUACCUGACCGUUGAGCCGUCUGACAAACAAGUGCCCUUCUGAAUCAAAUCAGCAGGAUGCCCUUCUGGAUCUUUCACCUGAGUUCAGACCUGAUUUUGGCAGAUUUCGGUGUGUGUGGUCCUUUACUGACAGCCACGUGUGUGGAUUUUGUCGGAAAAUAUGGCGUAAAGUCCUACAUGACAGUAAUAGUUUGAUUGCGGUGUUUACUUCAAUAAUGCCACUAAUAUAUGCACUCCACAUGUCUUAA